AUGGUGGGCGUGCUUGUUCUGGCCGCCGCGGCGGGCGCCGUGGCGGGCUUCCUCCUGCUGCGGCUGUGGAUGGUGCUUCACCCACGGGAGGCCGAGCCCCGGAAGUCUCUCAGUAUCUUGGUAGUGGCUGGGUCUGGAGGACAUACCACCGAGAUCCUGAGGCUGCUUGGGAGCCUGUCUGCUGCCUACUCUCCUAGACAUUAUGUCAUGGCUGACACUGAUGAAAUGAGUGCCCACAAAAUAAGUUCCUUCGAACAAGACCGAGCUGAUAGAGACCCUAGUCACAUGUGUGCCAAAUACUAUAUCCACCGAAUUCCAAGAAGCCGUGAGGUUCAGCAGUCCUGGCUGUCUGCGGCAUUUACCACCUUGCGCUCCAUGUGGCUUUCCUUUCCCCUGGUUCACCGGGUGAAGCCAGAUUUGGUAUGUAAGGCCAUCACUAGGGACAGGGAAA